CUCACCCAUCACCCGGUCCAGCAGUAUAUAAACUUCGGAAGCACACUUGGUAGGCAUUCCAGUAGAGGUUUCAAACCUUCUGUGAUCAUGUGGACUCCCGUAUUAUUGUGCCUGCUGGUCGCAGCCGCCAAUGCGCAAUAUGGAUGGAAAAAUGGAAACUUGUACAAAUAUGAAGUCAACGGACGCACUCUGACCGCCCUCAACCAAGUCGCCGACCAAUAUGCCGGAGUUUUAUUCAGAGCCAACCUUCUCGUCCAACCCUUCUCCGACGACAGAUUGUCCGCCUACAUUCAAAAUGCCGAAUUCGCUCAAGUUCAUGCUGAGCUCCCAAGUGGAUAUGAAUCUCACAUCCCAUCCAGCCACUUGAACUACAAGAACAUGCCCCUCAGCCAAGAGCCAUUUGAAAUUAACCUGAAGAAGGGAGUUGUCUCCAGUCUCCGCGUUAACAAGAAUGUCUCCGACUGGGAACUCAACAUCAUCAAGGCUGUUGUUAGUCAAAUUCAAGUUGACACCCAAGGUCAAAACUUGAAACACUCUAGCCACAACCAACUGCCCAAAGUGAACAAGCCUUACGGUGUUUACAAGACCAUGGAAGACUCCGUCACCGGCGAAUGCGAGACUCUUUACGAUGUCUCACCUCUGCCAGAAAUCACACUCCAAACCAAACCCUGGUUGGUUCCUUUCCCCAACUUCCGUGAGAAUGGACAAUUCAUCGAUAUUGUCAAGACUACCAACUACAGCAAGUGCGAGGAACGUUCUGCUUACCACUUUGGUAUCACCGGUCUGACCAACUGGAAACCCGCCAGUAACCAGAUGGGACAAUUCCUCUCCCGGUCCAACAUCAACCGUGUUGUCAUUUCCGGAAACGUGAAAUACUACACCAUCCAGUCUUCCGUCUCCACCAACAAAAUCGUCAUCAGUCCACAGAUGUAUGAAUCACAGAAGGGAAUGGUUGUCAGCGUCAUGAACUUGACUUUGGCUUCCUUCCACCAAGCUAACGGAUCUCCCCGCAGCGUCUCAAACUCCCGCAAGAUCAACAAUUUAGUCUACGACUACUUGGCUGCAUCUCCAAACGCAUAUGCCCAACACUACAACAACAAUGGUGCCUCCAGCAGCAGUUCAUCAAGCUCAAGCUCCAGCAGCUCAUCCUCCUCAUCCAGCAGCAGCUCCGAGGAAGCAUACUACAACAACAAGAACAACCACAACCAACACAACGGAGAUUCCAAUGCCCCUCGUAGUCGCUCUCGCAGAGACUUGUCUCACUACGAAAACAAGCAAAACGACAUUGAAGCCUCCGCUAAUGGAAACAAGAAAUACGAGAAGAAAAAUAAGGGACACAACGGACACAAUGGACACAACGGCCAUAACGGUCACAACGGCCAAAAUGGCAACAAAAACAACUCUUUCUACGGCAGUUACAGCAGCAGCUCCAGCCCCAGCAGUUCCAGCUCUAGCAGCUCCGAGGAAAGCAACUACCGUUACAAGAAUGGUAAAUUCGCCAGCUUCGCCCGUAACAACGAAACUGGAUACUACGGCUCAUACCAAUCCAGCAGCUCCUCUGACUCCUCAAGCCCAUCUAGCUCAUCCAGCUCAUCCAGCUCCUCCAGCUCAUCCAGCUCUUCAAGCUCCUCUGAUUCCUCUAGCUCCUCCAGCUCUUCCAGCUCCUCUGAUUCCUCCAGCUCAUCCAGCUCAAGCAGCAGCUCCGAGGAAGAGUACUACCGUAACAAGAACUACUACAACAAACACAACAACAGCCAUGCCGACAACUACUACAACAAAAACAACAACAGCCAUGCCGACAACUAUCACAACAAAUACAAUAAGAACAAGGAAAACAACAGGAACAACGAAAACAACGGAAACAACCACAACGCUUACCGCAGCCGUUCUCGCAGACAUGUGUCAAACUUUGAAAAUGGACACAACGACCAAGACGCCUACGCUAAUGGAAACGACCAAUACGAGAAACGCCACAAUGGAAACAACCAAGCCUUCUACGGCCCAAGUAACUUCGAGGAAUACAAUUCCAAGCACAGGAAUGGUAAAUUCGCCAGUUUUGCUCACCGCAACGGAGCUGGCUACUACGACUCCUCUUCAUCCAGCAGCUCAUCUGACUCCUCUGACUCUACCAGCUCCUCUAGCUCCUCAAGCUCUUCCAGCUCCUCCUCUGACUCUAGCUCUUCAUCUAGCUCCGACGACAACAGUUCUUACGGAUCCUCUGUCUCUAGCAGCAGCGAGGAAGAACACCAGCCAAAGCCUCGUUUGUACCAAGCCCCACGCACUCCUUUCCUUCCUUUCUUCGUCGGAUACUACGGAAACAACAUCCAGUCCGCCAAGGAAGUCAAUGGUGUCGCUGUAGCUCGCAAAUUGGCCUUUGAAAUUGCCGAAGAUUUACGCUACCCAAGUGAAAUUCCCGCCAAAGGAACUCUGUCAAAAUUCACCUUGUUGACCAGAGUCAUCAGAACAAUGGACGCCAAGCAAAUUGAACAAGCUGCCCGCGAAAUUUACUUCAACCACUACAAGGCAUCGAGCCACAGCCAAGAAGACAACAAGAAAACCUAUGCUUGGAAGGCUUUCCGUGACGCUCUUGUCGAAGCUGGAACUGGACCUGCUUUCGUUGCCAUCGUCAACUUCAUUGAACGCAAAGAAAUCACCCCAUAUGAAGCCUCUUUCAUGAUCAACCGUCUUCCAGUUGUUGCUCGUGAACCAACUCCUGAAUACAUGAACUACUUCUUCAAAUUCGCCACCAGUGACUACGUCCAACACUCCGACUACUUGAACGAAACCGCCCUCCUUUCUUUCGCCGACUUAAUGCGCAAGGUCGCCGUCAACCACAAAAAUGCCUACGAAUACUACCCUGUCCACACCUACGGAUUCUACUUCUCUCAGCAUUCCAAGGCUCUUACCCGCCAGUACAUCCCUUACUUUGAACAAUACUUGAAGAAAGCCGUUGCUCAAGGUGACAGUCGCAAAAUCCAAGUAUACACCCGUGCCCUCGGAAACUUCGCUCACCCACACAUCCUCAGCGUCUUCGAGCCCUACUUCGAAGGAAAGAUCCCAAUUUCUACUUACCAACGUACCUACAUGGUCUUCGCCCUCAAUGAACUUGCCCAUGUCUACCCUAACUUGGCUCGCUCAGUUCUUUUCAAGAUCUACCAAAACACCCAAGAAAACCAAGAGGUCCGUGUUGCUGCUGUUUACUUGAUCUUCGGAACUAACCCAUCCGCUCAAACUCUCCAACGCAUGGCUCAGUUCACCUACGAAGACCAAGACCAACAAGUUAAUGCUGCCGUCUCAUCUGCCAUCCAAAACGCCGCCGCCAACUCCCGUUCUGGUUUCCGCCAAGAGCUUGCUCAAGCUGCCCAAUCUGCUGUUCACCUUCUCAGCCCCAAGACCUACGGGCUCCAAUUCUCCAAGAAGUGGCUCCGUGACUACAUUGUCAAAGAAGAAAACCUUGCUUACAGUGUUUACGCUGACACCAUCCAAGGCGAUGACUCUCUAUUCCCCAACCAAUAUUAUGCCGCUUUCUUCCGUCACGUUGGAGGAUUCAACAAACGCGUUGCUUCCUUCCGUGCUUUCGCCUCUAGUGCUAGUGACUUAUUCGACAAGAUCGCUGACACGUUCUACUUCAGUGAGGAAUACCAGGACAAGUCCUUCGAGAAAUUCUCUAAAUACUCUGCUGAAGAAAUUUUCAAGAACUUCAACUUCAAGGCCGAUUUCCCCAAAGAAUUGGAGGCCUACUUCCAAUACUAUUUCUUAGGAUCCAAACAGUACGCUUUCUUCAACGAGGAAUUCUUCAACCAGAUCCCCAGAGAUCUUGAGAAUGCUCUGGCUAAGGCUUCCAAUGGCUACGCUUUCAACUACACCAAAUUCUACAACGAUUUUGCCCUCACCGUUGGUUUCCCAACUGCCACUGGUCUUCCCUUCUCCUACACCGUCAAGCUCCCAACUCUCCUCAACUUUGGUGGAGAAGUUCAGGCUAAAGCUCAUGGAUUCCAGGCCAACAACAACAAGUUCCGCAUCCCUGAAGCCGUCAAUGUCUCCGCUGAAAUUGACUUUGCUUACGCCCUCAAGUUGGAAUCCAAAUUCGGAUUCGUUACUCCCUUCGACCACCAACGCUAUGUUGCCGGAAUUGACAAGAACGUAAACUUCAACCUCCCACUGAAGUUCAAUGCUAACCUUGAUGUCUACAACACUAAGGCUGAGAUUGUUGUCAAACCAUUGAACAACCAACAUGAACAAAGAAUGUUCCACUACAGUGCUUACCCAUACACCGCUUUCUACAGCAUCUUCAACUUCGCUCCAGUUCAAUUCAACAGCAACAUGAAGAAAAUCUACACCAACGGCCACAAGAACGAAUACAACCAAGUCUUCGGAGAUGAUAAAAUUGGAUUCAACUUCCGUGCCAACUACAAAGGAGACUACAAGUACUUCGACUUCGCUACCUUCUACAAUUGCUUCCAACGCAACGACUUCCUUUCAUUCUUCUUCUACCCAUGGAAUGAACAGGAAAUUAAACAGAACGAUUUCAACCUGUACUUCAGCCCAUCUUCCUCCGCCAACAAAGCCGCCAAAUUCACCUUCAACUAUGCUCAUAAAUACGCUGCAAAGGAACAAGCUGACCAUGAAAGCAGAAAUGCUAACACCAACGAUGCCAUCCCAUCCAUCUACAAACCUGACAGUGAAGAAAGAUUGUACGAAUUUGUUCGCAGAUCUUACGCCGGAAUCAACAGUGCCUUUGUAAAUGCCUUUGAUUUCUCUGCCCAAUUCCUCGGACGAAAGGAAGCUGAUUACGUUGCCACCUUUGCUUUCGCCCGCAGCCCUGUUUCAGAAAAAUCUCGUUUCCUUUUCUACGGAAAAUACAACACUGCCAACAACAAGAAGCAACAGUACGCUUUCCAUGCCUCCUCUGAAAUGCCCAAUGUUCCCCUCACCAACCCAGCUGCCGCCAUGAAAGCCGAGCCUUCAUCCAAGUUCUACGCUAACUUCAAGUUCGGAGAAUCUUUUGACAAUGCUGCCAAAAUCCACUUCUAUGCUAACGCUAAACAAAGCGCUGAACGCCGUCAAUACAUGCGCGACAACGACCUGUACAAACAAUGUGAAUCUGAGAUGCAACGCGGACAACACUUCCUCAAUGCCUGCCGUAACUUCACCGUCGCUGACAACAGACUGAACGAAUACUACUACAACUUCAACUUCCAGAACGUUCCUGAAUACUUCAAGAACUACACCUACAAAGCCUUCUCUAUCGCCCGUCAUCUUGGAUACCAAUACCAAAGCGAGAAUUUCGUCAACCCUCAUUACAAACCAAACGAAAUCGAAGGAGUUUUCAAGUUCUCACCAAGCUUCAGAUACGCUAACUUCUCAUUCUACUCUCCCGCUUUCUCCGCCGUCUUUGACAAUGUCCCCGUCAACCAAUACUUCUCCGCUAUCUUCGCCCCCCACCCAACUUACUCCGCCUUCGACUUCCUGAUGCAAGAGACCUUCCGAUCAAGAUACCAAGCUGCUUGUGUUGCUGACAAGGGAUUUGCCACCACCUUUGACAACAGAACUUUCCCAGCUCACUUCCAAAACAACUGGUACGUCCUCAUGGCCUACGUUAACAGAAACAACUACUACAAUAACAACUUCAACGGGUACUUUCAACAAAACAAAAACCAGCACAGCUACAGAGACUACAACGAAAAGAGAUUCUACUCCGCUGUGCUCGCCAGAGAAAACAGCCACGGCCAAAAGGAAUUAAAAGUUGUCCUCAACAAUGGUGAAUACGAAUUCAAUUUCGAACCCGCCUCCCAGAACGCUGGAUUCUCUAACUCCUUCUCCGCCAGCAACCCUUCUGCCAAGAUCCAAUUCAACAAGGAAUACCAACACGUUCAGUACAAGUACAUGAACGACUUCUUCGACGAGAAUGGAAAGAUCUUCGCCCAAUUCUACGCUCUUCCUGACGGAGCCAUCCGCUUCUUCGCUCCUCAAGCUGGACUUGAGUUUUUCUACGAUGGUGCCCGCGUUAAAUUCCAAGCCGCUAGCCAAUACCGUGGUGCCGUCCGUGGUAUCUGUGGAACUUACUCCAACCAAUACGCCGAUGACUUCACCAGCCCCAAGAACUGCAUCAUGAGCAACCCCCAGUACUUCACUGCCGCCUACGCUUUCAUCGACUCUUCCUCCCCUGCCGAACUCAAAUCCCAGCGCGACCACGCUGAACAGGGUUCCUGCGCCUACAAGACCUACCUCGCUGGCAACUACGUCAGCCGCAAUGAAGGCUCCAACGGAUACAAGUACUACAAAUACAACAACUCUGACAAAUACUACGAAUCUGCCUACAAGAACUCCAAGUACUACGAUGCAUCCAGAUACAACUACCAAUACAACCCAUACUACCAAAGCCAGAAAAAAUACGCCCGCAGCGAGGACAACUCCUACUCCAGCAGCAGCUCUUCCUCCUCCAGCUCUGACAGUUCCUCUUCCUCAUCCUCCAUGGACGCCUCCUACUACAACAGCUACGAACAGAGAAACCAAAACGGACCUUCCAUCCACAAGCUUUACCGUGUGAUGAACGAAGGAGAGAAAACUUGCUUCUCUGUCAAUGCUAUCCCUACUUGCAGAUAUCCAUACAAGCCCCAAGGUGGAGCUUACAAGGAGAUUGACUUCUACUGUGUCUCAAGAAAUUCUGAGGAAGCUCGCCACUACGAGAAGCUCAUCAAGAAGGGAGCUAGCCCCAGCCAACUUUCUACCAAGAAAGCCAAUGGUCAAUUCAAGGUUAACAUCCCUGAAUACUGUGUAGCUUAAGUUUUAAUUGUUAAGUAAAUGUAUAUAUGUAUUAAUUACACUGUAGUUUAGUUUUAUUCCGUUUAAGCAGAGAGACCGGACUUUCAAUUUUCAAAUUAAAUCCGUGUCCCCUGUGUAUAAAAAAAUUGAAUAAACUCAUUUCUAGCAAAAAA